AUGGAGUCGCGUUCCAACCAGCAGAUCGCAGAGACCCGCGCUCACAUCAAAGCCCUCACGACUGAGGGCGAGUCAGAGGUGACAGCGGUGCGCAUUGCUCGAGACCAGCAGGAGAACGAGCGGCGAAUCAGCCAAGAGGUCAGCAGGCAGGCUCGGCGGCGGAAGCUCCUCUACGAGGCGGAGGGUAGCGCGCGGCAGAAUGCUGUCGUCGCGAUGAAGUGGUCUUCGCUCGUCGACAAGGAAGUUGCACAGGAGCUCAAGGCGGAGAUUGAGGCGCAGCGCGAGGCCUGCGACGGAAUCAUUGAGGUCAAGGACUCGCUCCUCGCCGAGUUCCGCCUCGAGCUCAAGCAGCGCGACGAGGAGUACGUCAAGGCGCUCAAGAAGCAAGCGGAGGACGUGGACGACCUCCUCGAGCAGAUGGGGCGGCAGCUCGCCUCGCUGCGGCAGAUGCACGAGGAGGAAGUGGACGAGGUGGAGACGUCUUUCAUGCAGGAGCGGCACGAGCGGAUGCAGGCGCACGAGGCCGAGGUCCAGGCGCUGAUGAGCCGACGCCGCGAGAGGGAGGAGUCAUACCUCGAGGCGCGCAAGCACCGGAUCGAGGAGGACCAGAGGAGGCUCGAGGCGGCUCGCGUGCAGGCGGCGGAGGACUACUCCGUGCUCAAGAUCAAGCUAGAAACGGAGAUCCAGACCCUCGAGAAGCAGCUGGAGGAAAUGCGUGCCACCUACCAGCUCAACCAGGAGAAGCUCGACUACAACUACCGCGUGCUGGUGGAGCGCGACACCGAAAACACUACCACCAUCAAGCACCAAAAGCGCAAGCUGACACGGAUGGCGGACGUGCUGAGUGCACUGCGCGCAAAGCACGCGCGAGAGGAAAAGCGCUACAAGCAGGAGAAUGCGGAGCUAACAGAGGACUACAAGCGGGUAACAGAGCAGUUUAAGGACUUGCAGGCAAAGUUCCAGCAUUUCGAGGAGUCCGACACACGGCGUUACCGCGACGUGUGGCAGAUGAACGAGGAGAUUGUGACGGGGCUGAUGCGCAAGGUGCUGCAGGCAGACAAGAUCAUCCACGAGCAACAGCUCGGCCUGCACUGGUUCCCGCCGUCUGAGCAGCUCUUCGUGGCGGGACGCGGCGACGGUGGCAGCACGCACCCUGCGUCUUCGGCGGAUAGUGCUGCAGUGAGCUCGCGCGGGUCGGUUGACAACGAUGGCGUGCAGCGCAUGCUCGGGCUGCUCUGCGAUGAGGCCGGGUUCCUCGUGGAGCAGAAAGUGCUCAAAUUGCUCGAGCCGCUGCCGGUCGAGGAGCAAAACUUGCUGAAGAUCGACUCGAUCCUCAAGGUGCUGGGCGUGCAAGGUGCCGCCGAUCUGCAAAAGCUCCUCUCCUUCUUCGUCGCCGACGCCGAGAGCGGAGAGCUCAUCCACCCGAACGAUGCGAUGAAGGCGAUCAAAGCAUUCAUCGAGGAGCACCAGAGGGGCACUAGGGACAGCCUCGGACAGAGCAGCCGCUCGCUCGCGUCGACGCAGGGGGCGCAGGGACCGCGCGGCGAGGAGCGCGAAUUUUGGGAGCGCAUGUCGAGCGUCAUUAGCGGCAAGACGUAUCGCGUAUGGGGGGCGCUCGAGCGCGCGCUGCAAAGGUACCACACUCUUCUCACUAGCCGGAGCGGCGUCAUCGACGAGGUCCGCGACUUGCAGCAGCAAAACGACGAGCUCAAGGCGCUGCUAAAUCAGUACCUCUCGUCCAAGAUCAACGAGGAUCUACACGUGCCCCCCACUCACACCAUCCGGCUCGAUGGCUCGAGCUUUCAUGGUGGCUGA